CUUCAACUUUUAUCGCAACCUUGGUGCUGCACAUCAACAUUGGAGGUUGCUAAUGAUUCCUAAAUCCAUAAAUGAGAAAGGAGUAUAAUUUUAGAAGUUUCAGUAGAUAAGAAGUGAACUUUUUAUUUUGUGAAUGAUAAAUUAGUAUCUUGUAACAAUGAAUGUGAUUGCUAAGUCAACAAAUGUUGCACCGUUUUUACGUGCUACAACAAAAUGUGUACCUACUGGACCAAAAUCUUCAGUUACCACUGGCAAAGUUCAGAAAACAAAAGUUAUUGUUCCACCUCCUUUGCAUAAGGUCUACACAAAGUCAUAUACUUUCAGUGGACCUAUAAGAUUAAAUUCAGGAAUCGCAGGUAUAUCAAUAACUUCUCAAGCUCAGCAAAUACGUUUAUCUCACACGGACAUCCAAGUACCAGAUUUUUCCAAAUAUCGAAGGGAUUCUGUGCAAGAUCCAACAUGUGACAGUCAUGAAUCUCUACACAAGAGGCAAACAUUUUCUUAUCUUAUUGCAGGAGCUACUGGUGUUGGAGCUGCGUAUGCUGGUAAAGCCCUCAUUGUCGAUCUUGUUUCUUGCUUGAGUGCUUCAGCAGAUGUUUUAGCUCUUGCUAAAAUUGAAAUCAAGUUAGAUGCUAUACCAGAAGGAAAAAGUGCUGUUUUUAAGUGGCGUGGUAAACCUCUUUUUGUGCGUCAUAGACCACAAACAGAAAUCGCAAAGGAAGAAGCCGUUGAUAUGUCAAUUCUUCGUGAUCCAGAACAUGACAGUGCACGUGUUAAACGUUCAGAAUGGCUGAUUGUUAUUGGUGUGUGUACUCACUUGGGCUGUGUUCCAAUUGCCAACGCAGGUGAUUUUGGUGGAUAUUAUUGUCCCUGCCAUGGUUCUCAUUACGACGCUAGCGGUAGGAUUCGAAAAGGACCAGCUCCUUUGAAUCUUGAGGUGCCUCCUUAUGAAUUUGCUGAGAAUAUUGUUGUUGUAGGUUAAUACUUUAAUGUUCUUACAGUUUUUAGCUAAAUUCAUUUUAUUUAUUACUAAAUGCAAUGUGAUAGAUAAAAAUCUGUCUUGUAAUAUAGAGUAACAAUUACUUUUUUGAAUAAAUGAUGUCAAAAUAAAAA